AUGCGCAUAUUUAGAGAGGCGGUCCCUGUUGAACAGCUCAUCGGGACAGAACUUCCGCCUCCUGCUGUCGUCGAAUGCCUGCUCGAAAGCUUCUCGACGUCUGUGGCUUGGUACCUGUCUUUUUUCCAUCAGCCGACUCUGCGCGCGCGGCUGCAAGGCAUUACUGAUGCGGGACGAGCAAGAACUGAAGAUACAUCUUUUCUGCUGCUGGUGCUUGUCGUCCUCGCCAUCGGCGCCCAAUACAUAACAGCCGAGCAGAAGUGGCGGCACUUUGGGUUCGAGUUUGACACGACAAAUAUGCAGGAUCGUCUUAUCGGAACCGUUGAGACUAAGCUACUCAUUGUAUUGGAUGAAUCAAGCACAUCCUCGGUAUCGCUUUUCAACCUGCUUGGAUCGUACUACAUAUUUAACCGCAAAACAAGGCGUGGGUUCACACUCAUGGGAGCUGCAGUGCGAGUAGCUCACAUGAUGGACUUGCAUAACGAAUCGGCUUGGGGCGAAGUCGAUUCUGCCGAGAGGCAAGCCCGCAGGCGUGCUUGGUGGACUCUUUAUACUGGCGAUAGAUUCACAGCGCAGGUCUUUGGUAGGCCGGCCGCCAUCCAAGACAUUGACAUGCAUGUCCACUACAAUGGAACUGACGACCAAGGCGACGCCGCACAGCGUGCUGGUGAAGACGACGAAUCUCAUGACGACGCGCAAAUGCUUGUUGAUCGGGAGAUAUAUCAAGUGUAUAAAGCCGAGCUAUAUCAAAUCGCAACGCCCCUUACUAGAGGCAUGCAGCCCCCCAAAGAUCAGGCUAUGAAUGAGUUAAUUCAUCAAGUCCAGAAUGUGCAUCAACAGCUACUUAAAUGGGAGAAGAAUCUGCCGCCCAAGCUGAGGCUGCAGUCCUUUGAGGAGACCCAGUUUAGUCACCCCAAAGAUUCGCCUUUAUCGACUCUGAACCUCCAAGCUCUAGCACUUCAAGUCUCCUACGACAAUACGCAAUUGCUGUUGCACCGACCUUUAGUUAUUGGCAGGCACUUGGGCAAGCCAACAGGGACAGCUGCCGAGCCAACAGAUGAGGGCUUCAUCUUGACAUCACGGCGCCAAUGCUGGUCAUCUGCGAUGCGCAUAUCGUACCUUGUCAAGCACAAAGCGGCUCUAGAGUUCGCGAACAAUACGCCAAUGGGGGCACAUAUAGGUAUUCACAUCUUUACUGCUGGAGUUAUGCUAGCUGUAUUUGCACUUCUCAGUCCCAUGUCGAAUCAAGCCCAGGAGGCAAAACAGGGCCUAAGCCGGCUGCUCGAGAUUCUUACCUCGAAUAAGUCGUGGAAUCCCGUCCUCAGCCAGAGUGCAGCGAUUCUCAAGGAUCUGUUGAGACUUAUCAUGGAGAAGGAGCUCAAGCUUUUGGUAGAGCCGAGCCAUGGCCGCGCCGGUAGCAAAUUGUCCGGGGGGGACGCAACUGCCAGCCAUGGUUUGCCCCAAACGAGCAUGCCGCGGGACCAGCUUGGGUCUGGCCCUGGCCAUCAUAGUGCGGUAGCCCCAUCCUCACCUCCCCCAUUCUCCUCCCACCCGCAUGAUUUUGGAGAUUGCUUUGCUUUCUUAGCGAACGGCUCAUUUGACGAGGCAUUGACGUCCUUUCAAGAUGUCUUCCUCGGCGAUGGAACGUCCAUGCUAGGCCAUGAGUCGAAUUACGAAGCUGAUUCAACAUGGAAUAGUUAA